AUGAACUCACGACUGCCUUCUACGGGAACACCUGGCUCUAGUCUAUCAGUCGCGCGCGGAGAAGAUGACACUCCCACACAGAUUUCGCCUGUGCCGGCCAAAGAGAUCGAGGUUGGCAAGUCUUCCACGUGGGAAAAAGUAAACCGAAAGGACAAACGGGUGACAAAGCGACUCGAGGCCGAAAGACAGGAACUUGAGAAGCGUUUGAUCGCACUCGAAGAAUCCCAGAGCAAAGUCGACCCGGUCCAAGAUCGAACUUCGCGCCGUCUGACCAAGAAACAGCCUGUGGGCAACUCUAGCAGAUCCUCGAGUGCGAACGCAGAGCGGCCGAAGUCCUCCAGCGGGUUUUCUUCGAUCUUCAGGCGCUCACGUCGCAGCUCGGCUUCCAGUGACCUUGAAAGCCAAUAUGACGAAUUCAGUCGGCUUCAGACCGAUACAAACCCACCUUCUUUACCUUUGACUCUGCCUGAAAGGUUUGGAACGGCUAUCACUCGAGAGCUCCAGUCCAAACAUGGCACUGCACUGAAUCUAUCUGCUGCCAACAAGGCAGGUAGACCACCUGCGGGCCAUCUCCUUCAUGCCACGCCAAAGUCCGACGACCUCCGCGAGAACUGGAAGAUGGCUGAAGCUUGGAAGGCACAGCACGGUCAGGAGAGAAGCUGGUCGUUAUCGAAAAGACUGAAUGGUCGGUCCGUGGCUGGCAAUGCUAGGAAAAGUGAGAUAUCAAUCAAUCCAGCCUCUGAGGAACUUGACCGGGAGUUAUUCUCAGCAGCCCUCAAGCAUGAUAGGAAAAGCCUACCAGCGGUCGACCAUUCACUUGAUCGUAUGAGUCGCAAUGAUCGCACCGUCAGAGCUGCCAGUAUGCCCACUUCGCAAAGCUUGGCCCAAACCUACCCCCCGUGUCCCGCGAAAAUCGCCGUUCCUCCAGAGAUAGCUGCCCCAGAGCCUUCAGACAGCACACCAACCUCAUCCGUCGCCAGAGUUUAUACCCCCCUGCAAAUAGCCCAGGCAAAUGCCACGGGCAGUCUGGGUAGAAAGAAUCGGGUGGAUCCUUUCCCACGAACCUACAAGUCAUCACCUCUUGCGUUGAGUGCCGCAGAUGCGGAUGACUUGGCCCAAAAGGAGUCCGGAAAUCCCAAGCCAUUGGAAUUGCACGAGCCUAACCAACUAACCCCGUUGUCAUCUCCUAUCCCCGCCCAGUCUCCAACUGACGUUGGCGCAAAAAGCCGGAUACCCAUUGCAUCUUCCAACGGUCCCACACAGACUGCCAGCCGUUUCAAGGAGGAUUUCAAUGAAUCAACAUCCCAAUCCGAUACGCCCAAGAUCCCCAUCAAAAGCGAACGUCGAAGUCAAGAGAGCUGGAGGGUCCCAACCGCCUCAACGGACACACUCCGUGAUAUACCCCAUUCCCCCUUCCAAGUGGGUGUCCGAUCUCCUUUCCACACGGGCAACACAUCGCCUGGGGCGAGGAGCCAUCGAACAUCCAGAGAUAUGUCCGAUUCCAAUUGUUCUCAAAGAUCUCCUCAACGAGCCUCUCGUGGCUCUCACGAUCAUCCCAGAGGACCGGGAGUCUUCAGGCCAGGCCACAGCCGUACAUCAUCGCACAACUCCGACUACGAUGGUCAUUCAAACUAUGACACUGCCGACGAGGACGCACCUGAGUCUCCCAGCUUCCCGCGUGAGCCACAGACUCUGGAACCCAAGCCACCUACUAUCUCCAACCCUCCCCCAAUUGCCCAACCCGCUCCUAUUUCUAAGCCUACACCUACGCUUAAACCCGCUCCUACCCUCAAGCCCACACCUGUUCAAGCCAAGCCCAACCCAACACCGAACAUCGAGCCUCCCACCACACAACCUAUGCAACCGGAACUCCCCGAUUCCCGCGGACCCAUGAGUAUCCUCAAGCGUCGGUCCCAAAAGUCCAAGCACCGCCAGCUCACCAAGAUCUUCGUCAUCUGCUGCCGCUGCAAAUACUGGCACGAUCUUCCAUCCGAGGUCUACGCGCGCCUCGCUUACCCGGACCGACUGGACGAGCCUAAACUUAGCUCGCGUAAGGGAAAUGAUCGGAAGUCUAACUCUCGGAUGUCUAUGCAAUUCCCUGCUGCGCAUGCCGUUCAAGGAAUGGACCUACGACCUGCGCCGCUUCUGCCAAGGAAGGUCUCUUGCUGCUGGUGUGGUCAUAAUAUGAGCCGGUCUUGUUGUGAGGGAUGGACUGCCGUUGUUGAGAUGCGUGAACGACAUCAUUGA